AUGACGGAUGAUGGUAGUUAUUAUUUGUACAAUAGAAAUUGGAUGUACGAAAGAGAAUUUGAUGACGGGUCAUUUAAUAUAGAGUUUAUUAGGGGAUUAGAAGAAUUUAUAAAAUUUGCAGUUUCAAAAAGUCUUUCAUCUAAAAUUAGAUGUCCUCGUGCGAAAUGCAAAAAUGUUGUCUUAAAAAUACCAAAUGAUAUGAGGGAUCAUUUGUUAAGGAAAGGAUUUGUGGAAGAUUAUUACGAUUGGAGUUAUCAUUACGAUAUUGCCGCCAGUGAAGGUAGCAGCGGUAAUAAGGCGUUUGUUCGGGAACAGUCGCAUGAUGAUGUAAUACCCGAAGAGCCGAAUCCGGAGAAAAAUAAUUACGUUCGUAUGAUUCAUGAUGCUAUUAUGUCGAUUAUAGGGAGAAUGAUGAAUCUAAAGACGGAACAUAAUUGCUCAGAGAGGAUGUAUGACGAUAUGUGCACUUUGAUGCGGGAGGCUUUACCUCAACCGAACUCGAUGACAUCUACUUUUUAUGACACAAAGAAGCAAAUAGCAGGGCUUGAGCUGCCAUCAGAGACGAUUGAUUGUUGCAUUAAUGGAUAUAUGAUCUACAGGGGUCGUACUGCUAAUGCAAGACGCUGUCGUACGUGUUCGACAACAAGGUGGGUCAGAGACGAUGUUGGAAAUAGAAGAAUUCCACGGAAACAAUUUAUAUAUCUUCCGAUAGGUCCACGCUUACAACGGUUGUAUGCGGUUCGAGUUACGGUCGGUGAAAUGAGAUGGCACGCUGAGCACCAUAUCGAAGAGGGGGAAAUGUGUCACCCGUCAGACUUAGAGGCUUGGCAACAUUUUAACGCAACACAUCAAAAAUUUGCUACUGAGAUUAGAUAUGUUAGGAUUGGGUUUGUGUACAGACGGAUUCAACCCUUUUGA